AUGUUGGCUAACCCGAACGGGGGUACCGUGGUGAACGUUAGCUCCGUGCUCGGUCAGCUGUGUGCCGCCGGUCUCGCCGAUUAUUCCGUCAGCAAGGCCGGUCUGAGCGCGCUCCACCGUACACUGGAGGCCGAGCUUCGUAAGUCGGGAAACGAUGACAAGGUGAAAUUAGUCCUGGUCGAGACCGGGCAGCUGGCCACCCCGCUGUUUGAGUCCGUCCAAACACCGAAUAGUUUCUUUGCGCCCGUGCUCGAACCGGUGCACGUUGCCCAGGAGAUCGUCUCGGCAAUCGACAAAGGCCAUGCGGGCGUGAUUCGGAUGCCCACCUUCGCUUCGCUGGUCAAUUGGUAUGCGGUGUUGCCGGCUAGUCUGCAGCGAUUUGCCCGGUUUCUGAGCGGCAUCGACCAUGCGGUUGCACAAGGGUCGUCCGUUGCAGGGUCAGUCAAAUAG